AUGCAGCAGUCAGAACACUUCCUAAAUGGAACUCGUGAUUAUGACCAGCUAAUUGGGCGGACCGGACCCUGUGUUUACCCUGCUAUGCAUAUUUACAUCUAUUCUCUCCUAUAUUAUUUGACGGAUCACGGCAGAAACAUAUUUGCUGCUCAGUGUUUCUUUGCCGUUCUGUAUGCAAUAACUAUGAUUCUAAUAUACAAUAUCUACUGGAAGCUGCAAAAGGUUCCCUUACUUCCCAUCCUUAUUUUAUCUUUUACCUCGUACCGGGUGCAUUCCAUUUACUUGUUGAGACUGUUUAAUGACCCUUGGGCAAUGUUUUUCCUUUAUUCCUCGAUAAACUGGUGCCUUUACAAUCACUUCUCUUGUGCAGCCUUGUUCAUCAUAUUGACAUCACUGUUGUUCACUACCUGUGCUUACGUUCUCUUGGGAGCAAUCUUCCUUUUUCGCAAUUCUGAGGCCUACUUCACUCAUGCCUUUGAUUUCAGUCGACAGUUCAUGUACAAGUGGACAGUGAAUUGGAGAAUUAUCCCUGAAUCCCUAUUUCUUGAUCGGCGCUUCCACGUAACCCUAUUGAGCCUUCAUCUCCUUUUACUUUCAUUCUUCCUCAUCAAAUUCAUUAGUCGUUCCUUGCAUUAUCAAUUUUACGUUUGGUACUAUCAUUCCAUUCCCUUUAUUUUAUGGUCGGUGCCACUGCUUUCGGACCCUAUGUCCUGGAAUGUCUAUCCAUCCACGGUGCUGAGCAGUGCUACUCUACACGUCUGCCACGCAAUUAUCGUCCUAGGUCUCGCCCUUCAACCACUGUGCACUGCCUCCGUGCCUCCCAGACGAUUAAAAGUUGCGCAUUCUCCACUUUACUAUGGACAUUUCAUUUUCUGUUUUUCUCUUUUCAGCUAA